AUGACAGCAUCGACAGCCUCAUACACAACACAAAUACGUUUCUGCAGAGCACUAAACGUCGUACGAUCGCUACCUGACAAGGGUGCAUUACAACCGACUUCGACAGAGAAACUCAACCUCUAUGGAUUGUACAAGCAAGCAACACAAGGAGACUGCAGCAUUUCACGUCCUUCAUCAAGGCAAAUGAGCCGCUAUGCCAAAUGGAAAUCAUGGGAGCGUAGACGAGGAUUGAGCCCUGUGGAUGCACAACGUCUUUAUGUUAACUCUUUGGUUGAAUUACUUGUCGAGUUUAUUAACAGAUACCCUGAUCAUGAACAAACAUCUACUUUGAGCGAUGCCCUUCAAUACAUUGAUAUGAAGGAGGUUGACGAAGAAGGAGCAGAAACAUUUGUGGAUGCUUGGGAUCCUGAGGAAGCAGAAAAAGAAGAAUAUUACCUCGCUCAUUUGGGACCACAUCAGCUCGAGUUAUCGCCUGAACAACAACAUCGCUAUCGAGAUUUCCCAACACCAUCCCUUGCGACCUUUACUUCCAAUGGAAGUACGCAUCAGAACUUUCCAGAAACACCUGAUUUAUCUCCACCCACCUAUCGCAAACAUCGUAGCAAAUACGUUCGACCCAACGACUUUUUAGCAACUCGCAGCGUUAUUUCUGAUACCGAUACCAUUGACCGUGAAGUAGCUGCAGCAACAGCUUCGCUCGGCAUCAGCUCACCUAGUUACCAUCCUUACAAACCAGCGCCAUCCGAACGUGCAAUUGAAGGAUUACAAACCGAUAUCACAGCCCUUUCAGAGCAAUUGGAUAUGAUGCGCAAAAGUUUGGCGGAUCGAGAAAAGCGUGAUCGUGAUAUGGUGCGUUGGUCAUGGUUACGACUCGUCAAGGCGGUGAUCAAGCAUACCCUCAUCAAUUCAUUUGUCCUAUUACUUAUCUUUUUGGUGUUACUGAAACGAAAGUCGCCUAUCGCACUUGCCAUUGCUCACUACAUGGCUCCCCGUAUACGAGAGGCUACCAAGUACUUGGUUCAUCGCGUGGUCUUUUGGAAGGUCACUGUGUAG